AUGGUGAAAUCAUCGACACCGAUCUGGGUGCUCUUGUUUUCCUUUAUCUUUGGGUUCGAAAAGCCGCGGGUUCGGCUUGUUGCGAUUAUUGGGCUGAUGGUCGCAGGCGUCAUCUUGACCGUCGAGGGUGAAACAAAGUUCGACAUGAUGGGAUUCGUGCUGGUGCUGGUAGCUGCCGUCGUAUCGGGUCUGCGGUGGAACUUGACUCAGCUUUUGUUACAGCAGGAUCGCCUUGGUAUGGAUAAUCCUAUCGCUACCCUGUACCAUCUCAGCCCAAUCAUGUUUGUUACGAUGCUGUUUCUGAGUCUCGUCUUUGAGAAUCCUAUUGACCAGUUCCGGGAAUCCAAGCAUUUUGAUAAUAUAUUCCAUAUCUUGGAGUCGUUUGGUUUGAUGGCCAUUGGUGGUUUUUUGGCUUUGGCAAUGACUUUGGCAGAGCUCUAUCUCAUCAAGAGUACAAAUACAGUUACGCUCAGCGUGGCCGGGAUUAGCAAGGAGAUAGUCAUCAUUACACUCUCAGUCAUAUUCUUCGGCGAUGUGCUGACACAAAAGAACUUGCUCGGCUUACUGGUGUCUAUCAUUGGAAUUAUAUGGUAUAACUACUACAAGAUGACGAAAGCCAAGCAAACGGAUAAUGCACAGUAUCAGAUGAUACCCAUGCACAAUUCCAGCAAGCUUGAGGACUGA